UUUUUAAAAAAAUUAUUUCAGUAUCUAAUGAAAUGUUGAAUUUAAGUUUAAGCAUUUUGCUGAUUUAUUCGUUGCUUGUUCGUGCUCAAUCGAGGAUUGGAUUGGAGUUAUGUGAUGGAUUCAGAAACUCAAUACUUCUUAAUACUCCAGACGCUGAAACCUUCUUCAACGGGUCAGUUAUAAAAGGUGGAGGAUGUAUUUUUCCGACAAGGAUUGUAAUUAUCGGAUCUCAGGGUGCUGGUAAAUCCUCGCUUGCCAACAGUUUCCUAGGCUGGGAUCUAACCUACGGAACAAGUGGAGAGCUUCCCUUCCACGUUGGCCAUGGAGUAGAGGCAGGAACAAGAUCAAGCUCAUACGCUAGCGGAGCUUGGCUAGGUAAAAACAUUUCUUUUUUGUGAAAUUGCGCUAGUCGAUCCUUGAUCUUGAUAUCCACCAUGAUAACUUGAAAACUUUGAAGGUUAAGUGAUUGCAAUUUUACUUGACAGGGUACUAGCACCACAGCUUCUAUAUAGGGUAUCAAAGAGGAAUUGAUUUAAUCCAUAGAAACUACUUAUCCCAUGAUUUUCAACACACAAUUUUUGACCUCAGGUUCAGGGUUGGCUGGUUCAGUAUUGAUGUCCAUAUACGCCAUGUAUUAUCCUAAAAUUUUCGUAUCUGUGUGUUCUUUAUCCUAAAUCAGAAACGCUAUCCGAAAACGCUAUCCGACAUUUCAAUUCUAUUUCAAUUUUGUCUGUUCGCUAUGUAUCACUAUCCUAAAAUAACAUCAUCACGUCUACCAUUAUCCUAAAAUUUCAUCAACGCUAUCCUA